AUGCGUUUACUUCAAGCUUUCAAUGUACAACGUAACGUCACUGAAGAUGGUAAUUGUGGUGAGAAGAUCAACUUCUCCAAGACGUGCAUCAGAAGUGACUUCGGCGACUGCUGUGGCCUCAAAGGAAAGUGUGGCUCCGGUAAGGAAUUCUCUGGUGACAACUGUCAAGACGGCAACUAUUCAGGCAGUGCAGUAACAACUUCAUCCAUAACAGCGAAACCAUCAGCAACAAAACCGCCGCUCUCCAUCUCUACAAAUAGGGAUUACGGCUGCAAUAGCGGCUUUAUAUGCAAAGGCUCUAAAUUCGGCGACUGCUGCUUAGCUGCCAGCUACUGCAGAGACGAUAAGUAUCAUUGUGGUAAAUAUCUAGGCUGUAUGAUAUUUUCUACAAUUAGUCAACCAGAAUUCGGAAAGUAUACUUAG